AUGGGUCAUCAAAUCGUCUCUGGCGGCUGUCACCCGGUGGAGCGGAAAAACGGCGACUUGCGACUCUCCAGUGGCUGUCACCUGACAGAGAGGAGUUGGAUGGAGGUGGGGCGCAUGUCAGGGAGCUUCAUCCUCAGGUCCGCGCAGCAAGAGGAGGCUCUUCAUCGUAUGUGGUACGCUCUCAGGAGGCGGUAACUCGUCUCCCGGCGGAUCGUCCUCUUCCCAAUGACGGCUUGUUCGUCGAUCAAUCGGAGAUGCUUCACUCGAUAGAUUCGUGAUCCUUUUAUCGCGAAUCGUUCAGCAAUUUUAGUAGCAAUGCUCCGCGAAUCGCGUUGACGAGAUUUUCGCCGAUGAUCAAGCGAUUCUGGUUGCUUAAUCCUUCACCGGCGAUCUGCAGGGAAGUCGCGAUAAUAAGAUAAAAAAUAUGAGUUUUGGCUCUAGGAGGAUUCGAACCCGCGCCAAUUGCCCACCCUUUCUAGGGAAGGUGACGCGGGUUUAGUCCCACAUCGAUUGUGUGCUGAAUUUUCGGGUGAAUAUAUAGUAAUGUUAGAUCUCUAAGCAAGUCCCUUUCUCGCGCGUGUACGACCACUCCUUGCCCCACAGCCAGCUGGCCACCGGUGACGUGGAAGGGGGGUGGCGCACACGUGCCCCUUCGGUGCAAGCUACUCGAGCCCUUGCUCACGGCUACUUCCCGACUGCGCUUCUGA